ACAUUACUAAUGCAAUCUUUCUUCUUUAUUUCAGGACGAAAUGAAUUAAUUGCUCGCUACAUCAAACUUCGAACCGGCAAGACGAGAACAAGAAAGCAAGUCAGUUCACAUAUACAAGUAUUAGCUAGAAGAAAAUUACGAGAAUUUCAAGCUAAAAUGAAGGUGCAAUUUUGGCAGCCCGGUCUUCAACCUAGCACUUCACAAGAUGUCAAGCCAUUUGCACAGCCUGGAUAUCCAACAGGAGGCAAAACAGCAACAGCUGUAUCAGCUAUUGAUGGUAAUCUUCAAACUCAACAUCCAUGGGAAGGAAGAUCAAUAGCGACACAAAAGUUUAGACUUGUAGAAUUUUCAGCAUAUCUUGAUCUGAGCUCUGAUGAUGCUGUUGGUGAUUAUCACAAGCAUCUCUUUGUACAUAUAGCAGAACAGCCAUCCCAUCCUCUUCUGGAAUCAGUCGAUGUAAAAGAAAUUUACGAUAAAUUCCCUCAAAAGAGCGGUGGUCUCAAAGAGCUAUAUGAAAAAGGCCCUCAAAAUACUUUCUUCCUGGUGAAGUUCUGGGCCGAUCUCAAUACCAACCUUCAAAACGAUGCUGGAGCUUUUUAUGGUGUCAGUAGUCAUUUCGAAAGUAACGAAAGCAUGGUCAUCACCUGCUCGACAAAAGUUUGUUCUUUUGGAAAGCAAGUAGUUGAAAAAGUUGAGACGGAAUAUUCACGGUUGGAAAAUGGACGCUUUGUGUAUCGGAUUCAUAGAUCGCCUAUGUGUGAUUACAUGAUAAACUUUAUCAACAAACUCAAAGGGCUGCCGGAAAAAUAUAUGAUGAACAAUAAUAGUGAUUUAAGUGGUAGUUUUAAUGCGAAAAACAACAAUAAUAAUAAUGAUGAUGAGAGUACUAUUUGUAGAUUUACAUCUGUAAACGUUAAUGAUAAUUAUAAUUUUAUUUGUCCAUCGGUUCCAACCACCGUCGAUCAGUCGAAGUUUAUCAAAAAGGAAACCCAUGAUGAUUGA